AAAAGAAAAAGAAAAUCAGAAUCGCCUCCUGCCACAGUCCGCUUCGUGCAUUAAUCUCGAUUUUGAUGGCCGUGAGGGCUUCUCUGCAUCAAUUCACAAGCUACCAGGACCUCCAUCGCCACAAGCUCCUUUCUAUCCUUUCCAUUUCUUCCAAGUCUCUCCUCUUCUGUCCCUCUCCUCCUACUUCUCAGUCUCUCUCUCCGGUCAAUUUCCUCCGUCAGUUGGCUUCGAGCGCCCCACUUUCUAACGACCAAAGACAAGCCUUGAAGAAGUCGCUGUCUCAGCGUUCCCCGCCGCCUGACAUCCUGGCGCAGAAGAUCGGGAAAUCGAUUCGGCGCUCUGGCGCCCCCUCCAAGGCUAGGGUUUAUCCCGACGUCAACUUUAUCCGGCCCAAAGAGUAUUGGGACUACGAGGCCCUCACCGUUCAAUGGGGAGAACAGGAUAAUUACGAGGUGGUGAGGAAGGUUGGAAGGGGGAAAUACAGCGAGGUGUUUGAGGGCAUUCACGCCACCAAUAAUGAGAAAUGUAUUAUUAAGAUUCUUAAGCCUGUGAAGAAGAAGAAGAUUAAGAGGGAGAUUAAGAUACUGCAGAAUCUAUGUGGAGGGCCAAAUAUUGUGAAGUUGCUUGAUAUUGUCAGAGAUCAGCAAUCAAAGACUCCAAGUCUUAUAUUUGAAUAUGUCAAUAACACAGACUUCAAAGUACUGUACCCAACACUUUCGGACUAUGAUAUUCGGUACUACAUCUUUGAGCUUCUGAAGGCAUUGGAUUAUUGCCACUCACAAGGUAUUAUGCAUCGAGAUGUAAAGCCCCACAAUGUCAUGAUUGAUCAUGAACAACGGAAACUUCGUCUUAUAGAUUGGGGCCUUGCAGAGUUUUAUCAUCCUGGUCAAGAAUACAAUGUUCGUGUUGCUUCAAGAUAUUUUAAGGGUCCGGAGCUUCUUGUUGAUUUGCAAGACUAUGACUACUCUUUAGAUUUGUGGAGCCUUGGUUGUAUGUUUGCUGGAAUGAUAUUUCGCAAAGAGCCAUUCUUUUAUGGUCAUGAUAACAAUGAUCAGUUGGUCAAAAUAGCGAAGGUACUUGGGACAGAUGAAUUGAAUCCUUAUUUGAAUAAGUACCGUAUAGAGUUGGACCCGCAUCUUGCUGCCCUUGUUGGGAGGCAUAGCCGGAAACCAUGGUCAAAAUUCAUUAAUGUUGAUAAUCAACAUUUGGCCGUCCCUGAGGCUAUUGAUUUUGUGGACAAGUUGCUACGGUAUGAUCACCAAGAAAGGCCAACCGCAAAAGAAGCAAUGGCCCAUCCUUACUUCUACCCAAUUCGAAAUGCAGAAAGCAGCAGACCGCGAUCCUAGAUUUGAUUUUCAGAUGCUACAACAUCUGGCAUCUCCCUGUGCAUGCCAGGGCCAUCAUUUGCGAUAUGAAAUGUUUAACCUUUAUGCUGAAUUUUUGUCAUUUUUGACUGGAAACAAUCCCAGUUCAAUUUGAUUUUAUCAGAGUGAGAUGUUAUUGUUUUAAGUGCUUGACAACGUACAGAUGUGGACCUAAGCAAGAUGGAACUUCCAUCAGUCAAUAGGUAAUGUAGCCAUUGCUUGGAUGCCCACAUAGAAGCUGUAAAGUAUCACAGCAGAAGGAAGAGACGGAGACUUCUUUGGUGCUGUGCUCUUCAGGAGAAGCUGUUUUGGUAAACUGAUAAUACAAUAUAGUUUAGUGCAGUUGGGCUUAA